AUGUCUUACCAAUUAAUUAAGCUUACUGAAUUAGAUAAUUUAGAUAGACUUGCUGCUCACAUCGAAUAGGCUUUAACCAAAGCUUCUAAGUUUGAUGAAGAAGAAGAAAAGUAUUUAGAAGAAUUUAAGCAAAAAUCUAGUUAAUAUUUGAAAUCUUAGAGCUAUGAAGCUCUUAUUGAACUUCUUUUCUAAGCAAAAAAGAAUCUCAAGCUUGAUCAAAAAUAUUUAAAUAGUAUUUCUGCAAUUACCUCCUACUUGAUAACUGCUUCUCCUAAACAAGAAGCUACUCUUAAAAAGUACUAAACUGUUCUUGAAGCUGAAGAAUCACAUGCAAGCAACGUUUUAAUUCAAUAUGGCAUUGUUUUCAACGGUUUGGACAGCUUACCUAAGAUUUAAUAUUCUCUCUUGCUUUACAUUAUUGCUUAUAGCAAGAAAAACGAUAAAAUUGGUGUUUUAAAUACUACUUUCACUGAUAUCGAUACUAUCACUAAGAACUGGAAUCUUACCAACAAUGAAAAAAAGAAACUUCUUUCUCAUAUUGUUGAUGCUUUAGAUAAAUCUAUCAAGUAAGACUUCAGAUGCCAAAUUGUUUUGAAAUACUUCUAAAGCUUUGAAUUUUAAGAUAAGUAAGACGACGAAACUUUAAAGAAAUAUAUUCACUUACUUCUCAACUACGGCCAAGUUCUUUCUGAAUAUGGUUCCAUUUUCGAAACAAACGGAUUAAAACAUUUACAAAAGUCCAAUCCAGUUUUAUUCUAAAUCUUCUCUUUCUUCAUUACUGGUGAUGUUAAGGGAUUUGAAGAUUUUAAAAAAAGCAAUCCUAAUGGUUUGAAAGAUAAUAAUAUUGUUGAAGAGGAAUACCUUGAAAAAGUUAGAGUCCAAUCUAUUUCCAGAUUCGCUAAAUCAGGUGAACUCAUUAGCUAUCAACAAUUCGCAUAAAACCUCCAUAUUAACAUAGAAGAUGUUGAAAACUGGGUCAUCCUCGCUAUCACUAGCAAAAUUAUUGAUGCUCAAAUCGACUAAUACAAUUAAAUUAUAUAUGUUAAGGCUAAUUAUGGUAAAUAUCUUGAUAAAAAGGAAUGGAUUAGCAUGAAUGAUUAAUUAAAAGUCAUCAUGGAAAAAAUUAAAAGUUAUCUUGAAAGCGCUGAUAAAUUAGCAUGA